UGCUGUCCUCUGUCACAAGGAGUGGGCAUGGUGUGGGUGCAGCAAGAGGUGUGUGUGCACACGUGUCAGCGUGUGCAUGUGCUAAGACUGCAUGUGGAGCAUGUGUGAAUGGAGUGGGGGUGUGUGGGACUGUUUUGUGGACUGGCCACUCUGACUGGUGCCUGUGCCUUUACCAGGCAGGCUCAGGCUGUUCUGUGACUAGUUCCACUUUUUAGGACCCCACAUCUAGAUCCCCCUCACUGGGGGUCUGACAUCUGGGCACAACCAUUGUUGGCUGGCAUCCCACAACUGGGGGCUUGACUGUAUCUAUCGUUUGCUAUUUGCUCGUUCCUUGUCUAUGUCAUGAGCCUCCUUAGGAGUAUGGGGCGUCCUUGGUCAGGUCCGUGCAGGCUUCAGACUGGGGCUGCUGCCCGCACUGCGUGUGCUCCUGCACCCUUUGGUUCAUCUCUCACUCUAGUAAGCAUCUCUGCAUCAUUUGGAGCAGGCAGCGAGGUGCAGCAGCGCCUGUCUCAGUGAGGGCUUGGCUGCCUGGCUCUGUGCUUGCAGAGGGCUGUCUGCCUGCUGUCUGCUCCCAGGCCUUGUGGCUAAGGAAAGACCCACCCUGACUUUGAUGACCAGAUCAUGCUGACUGCCCCCCACCCUUGCAUCUGUCUGUAGCCAUAGCCCUACUAUCAAGCUCCUAUAUUUUCUUGUUUCAUUGAAGAUGCCUAGUGCUAGGUCUGUACUGCCCUGAGGGUGUUCUCUGUGCCCAGGUCUGUGCCAUCCAGAAAGGGUGUCCCCUGGGUGGGGCCCUCCCUGGCCCUGUUUGGUUCAGCAAUAGGGCAACUGAUACGGAUCUAGCCCAGAACUGGAUACCCUUCAGUGGUCAGAUGGUAAGAGCAUCUGACACUUGUGGGGUCAAAGCCGUGGACACCCCUGUGCCUACUGAGGCAGUCCUGGCAGUGUGUGAGGGGCUCCUGGUCGAGAGGGGAGAUGGGGUGCUCAGAAUCUCAGAGUUGGUGGGAGUGGCUCUGGAGCGGCCCACUCUGGCUUUUGCUUGACUUCUCUGUAAGUGUGGGUGUAUGUGUGUGGUGCUGGCCCCUAGAGAAAGGACCAGUAGGCAGCUGAGUCUUCUAGGCCUGGCCUCUGAGAACGUAGAGGUUACUGCCUGUGUGUCACCUUCAGUGAGCCUGUGGCAGCCCUGGAGAGUGGCCUGGCAGGCUGGGGGGAUGGCGUUGGCUGUUGGAAUCUGUCCUGCUCACCCCAGAACUGCUGUGGAGCCCCAGACCCCUGUGCUAGGAGAGGGGGUUGAGAUUUGGGCCUUUGAGAGGACUCAACUCCUGCUAACCCAAUAUGAACUAGCCAUGGAGGUCUGUGGUCGGCCUCCCCUAGAUGGAGUUAGAAGUGGUCUGGGGCCAUAUGUAGGGAGGAGGUGUGUAGAAUCAGGGUUCUUGGGCAAGAAAAGGUCUUACACUCUGGGGGUGAGGCAGGGUCCCCUCUUUUCUUCCUUUUUCUACUUUGUCCUUUUCCAAGAAAGAGAUAGUCACCCCAUCUCCACCCCUGCCAAGUUCACUUCACUGCCCUUUACUGGCCUAUUGCCUUCACCCUGCACUGGGCCCAGAGAACCUCCCACUGUCCUCAGUGGGCAGGGCUACAAGUAGGAUGUAUUUUGAAGGUCCCAGGAGUUCAUAAUUGCAGGCCUCGCCUCAACACAGAGCCUGGUGUUUUGCAGAACACUUGCAGAGCCAUUAUCUCUGUGAGCCUUAUGGCAGUUGUGGCUAGGCAGGGAAGGGAGCACUUACCGCCCCACUUGUAGAUGAGGACCCAAAGCCUUCCAUGAUAGGUAGAGACAUGCCUGGAAGCAGGAACAGAAUCAGACCCAUGUCCUCCAAAUUCUAGCUCCCUUUCUCCCAAACUUAUUCUGGACAGUUUGUCCCGUCCCUGAUGAUAGGCUUGGAUCAGGGAUUGCAAGUCUAGGGGCCUGUGAACCAGUCCCCUGAGCAGCUGGGCAGCGGGGAAGCCUCAGUGACUGGCCCCUACCUAGACUGGGCCAGUUCCUCAGCUGCCAGUUAGCUUCUUCCCCAGCAAAGGCCCUGUCUCUCCUAAGGGACCCCAUAGUCAGGGCCCAGAGGACAGUGGUGAGUACCAAGGCCACUGCCAGGGGAGGCUGACCUGGGGCUGUGGGUGUGGAGAUGAGGAGAGCUGUUCCCUUCCUUUUUCUCCCCUCUUACUCUUUGGCCAGCCAGGCCCUGUCCACUGACUGUCCCCUAGGGCAGUGGAUUUUAAGGAGGCUUGGCUCCUCCCUGCCGGCCUGCCCUGCCCAAAUCAGCCUACCCUGCUACUCCCCCUUAGGAGCCUCACAUCUGGCUGGGUCCUCCCUGGCACUGUAGAGGCCCUCUUCAGUUCUGGAGCUCAUCUUAUCUCCCAACUCUGAUGCUCCUUUCCUUGGUUUCUGGGCUCCCUUGAACUCCCCUAGCUCUGUGCUCACGGCCAUCUCAGGGUCUCCCCUGCUUGCAGCUGCACUUGGUACAGCCUGUGCCAGCCCCUGAGGGACUGGCUGCAGCUUCACUGGCAAACAGGCGGGCAAGGGGCACAGGGCUGCUGGCUGGAGCUGCCUGCACUCUGCAGAGGCUCGGGGUGGUCUGGGGGCCCCUCCGCUGCAGUCUGCCCGAUCCCUGCCGGGCCCCGCCCCCUGCCUCAAGCACUUCCCGCUCGACCUGCGCACGUCUAUGGAUGGCAAAUGCAAGGAGAUCGCCGAGGAGCUGUUCACCCGCUCGCUGGCCGAGAGUGAGCUCCGUAGUGCCCCGUAUGAGUUCCCCGAGGAGAGCCCCAUUGAACAGCUGGAGGAGCGGCGGCAGCGGCUGGAGCGGCAGAUCAGCCAGGAUGUCAAGCUGGAGCCGGACAUCCUGCUUCGGGCCAAGCAAGAUUUCCUGAAGACAGACAGUGACUCGGACCUACAGCUCUACAAGGAACAGGGUGAGGGGCAGGGUGACCGGAGCCUGCGGGAGCGUGAUGUGCUGGAACGGGAGUUUCAGCGGGUCACCAUCUCCGGGGAGGAGAAGUGUGGGGUGCCAUUCACAGACCUGCUGGAUGCAGCCAAGAGUGUGGUGCGGGCACUCUUCAUCCGGGAGAAGUACAUGGCCCUGUCCCUGCAGAGCUUCUGCCCCACCACCCGCCGCUACCUGCAGCAGCUGGCUGAAAAGCCUCUGGAGACCCGGACCUAUGAGCAGGGCCCCGACACCCCUGUGUCUGCUGAUGCCCCGGUGCACCCCCCUGCACUGGAGCAGCACCCGUACGAGCACUGUGAGCCAAGCGCCAUGCCUGGGGACCUGGGCUUGGGUCUGCGCAUGGUGCAGGGUGUGGUGCACGUCUACACCCGAAGGGAACCUGACGAGCAUUGCUCAGAGGUGGAGCUGCCAUAUCCUGACCUGCAGGAAUUUGUGGCUGACGUCAAUGUGCUGAUGGCCCUGAUUAUCAAUGGCCCCAUAAAGUCAUUCUGCUACCGCCGGCUGCAGUACCUGAGCUCCAAGUUCCAGAUGCACGUGCUACUCAAUGAGAUGAAGGAACUGGCCGCCCAGAAGAAAGUGCCACACCGAGAUUUCUACAACAUCCGCAAGGUGGACACCCACAUCCAUGCCUCGUCCUGCAUGAACCAGAAGCAUCUGCUGCGCUUCAUCAAGCGGGCGAUGAAACGGCACCUGGAGGAGAUCGUGCACGUGGAGCAGGGCCGUGAACAGACGCUGCGGGAGGUCUUUGAGAGCAUGAAUCUCACAGCCUACGACCUGAGUGUGGACACGCUGGAUGUGCAUGCGGACAGGAACACUUUCCAUCGCUUUGACAAGUUUAAUGCCAAAUACAACCCUAUUGGGGAGUCCGUCCUCCGAGAGAUCUUCAUCAAGACGGACAACAGGGUAUCUGGGAAGUACUUUGCUCACAUCAUUAAGGAGGUGAUGUCAGACCUGGAGGAGAGCAAAUACCAGAAUGCAGAGCUGCGGCUCUCCAUUUACGGGCGCUCGAGGGAUGAGUGGGACAAGCUGGCGCGCUGGGCCGUCAUGCACCGUGUGCACUCCCCCAACGUGCGCUGGCUGGUGCAGGUGCCCCGCCUCUUUGAUGUGUACCGUACCAAGGGCCAGCUGGCCAACUUCCAGGAGAUGCUGGAGAACAUCUUCCUGCCACUGUUCGAGGCCACUGUGCACCCUGCCAGCCACCCGGAGCUGCAUCUGUUCUUGGAGCAUGUGGAUGGUUUUGACAGUGUGGAUGACGAGUCCAAGCCUGAGAACCAUGUCUUCAACCUGGAGAGCCCCCUGCCUGAGGCGUGGAUGGAGGAGGACAACCCACCCUAUGCCUACUACCUGUACUACACCUUUGCCAACAUGGCCAUGUUGAACCACCUGCGCAGGCAGAGGGGCUUCCACACGUUUGUGCUGAGGCCACACUGUGGGGAGGCUGGACCCAUCCACCACCUGGUGUCAGCCUUCAUGCUGGCUGAGAACAUUUCCCAUGGGCUGCUUCUGCGCAAGGCCCCCGUCCUGCAGUACCUGUACUACCUGGCCCAGAUUGGCAUCGCCAUGUCCCCGCUCAGCAACAACAGCCUCUUCCUCAGCUACCACCGGAAUCCGCUACCGGAGUACCUGUCCCGCGGCCUCAUGGUCUCCCUGUCCACUGAUGAUCCCCUGCAGUUCCACUUCACCAAGGAGCCGCUGAUGGAGGAAUACAGCAUCGCCACCCAGGUGUGGAAGCUCAGCUCCUGCGAUAUGUGUGAGCUGGCCCGCAACAGCGUGCUCAUGAGUGGCUUCUCGCACAAGGUAAAGAGCCACUGGCUGGGACCCAACUAUACCAAGGAAGGCCCUGAAGGCAAUGACAUCCGCCGGACCAACGUGCCAGACAUCCGCGUGGGCUACCGCUACGAGACCCUGUGCCAGGAGCUGGCGCUCAUCACGCAGGCAGUCCAGAGUGAGAUGCUGGAGACCAUUCCGGAGGAGGCGGGUAUCACCAUGAGCCCAGGGCCUCAGUGAGCCUGGUCCAUGAAGUGCCCACCACAUCGCAGCACUUUUACCACGUUUUGUCCUCAGACCCCUCCCAUGCUGUGUGGUCUCUGCAUGUCUCCGUUCUUGUCUGUCUGUGUCUUGCAUGUCUCCGACCAUGUCACUGUCCCUGAGCCGCCCAGUGAAAGCAAAGCCUGGGAAUCUGCUCGUUGUUGUUUGGGCUCAGGUAGCACCUGACGGCCCAGGUAUUGAGGGUCCCCCCUGCUGGUGGCCCUGUCCUGGGGUCCUCAGAAGCCUGACUGUCCUACGGGCUUCUCCAGUGUCCAUAGGGGCUUGGGAUGGUUGUGGGGGGCUGGCCCCUCUAGCCUUUCAGGUCCUUCCUGGACAAAUCUAAGCCUUGGCCAGGGCUGGAGUUUAGGCCCCUGUCUUGUUCAUGUAACCGAGGGGUAGGCGGGGGACCUGUACACCUCUGCUGUGGGCACGGGGCUGCUGAGGGUCUGUGGAACUCCAGCAGCUCCGCACUGGCUAGAGCUGGGCUGAGAGCUCAGUCACAGCCCUGGGCUUCCUGGCCUAAGUGGGUAGACGCAGGUGGCAGAGGUGCUGGACCACAUCUCCGCCAAGUCACUGCCCAGCAGCCUUCUCCGUCCUGUCCCCAGCCCACGUGCUCCUUGGGUGUCAGCUUCCUGUGCCUCUGUGGGAGAGGGCAGCUGCCGUGUGUUAUGUCUGGGGCCACGGUCACUGCAAGGUCCUGGAUCUGCCACUCAACCCUGGGAGUGGUGUUCCCAGUGUGGCUCCCAGAGCUUUGACCAGAUCCUGAUCCCAGCUGGCCCCUGUGUUGUGUUCUGGACCGAGGCCUUUGCUGUGAACUGCAGUGUUUCAUACGACCCAUCUUUCCUAGUGCAUGAGAAAUAAAGAUUAUUUAAUUAAUGAA